AUGAGUGACAACAUGAUGGUUCCAUCAGCGUAUCACCUGGAUGCCUCCAUUGACGGCGACUCCAAAUCUCCGGUAGAAGAAGGAAAAACUCCGUUCAUUUACCCGGCAGGAAUGGGUCAGAUUCUUAUGAACGGAUGUUGGGGAAAAGACUACAAGAUUGGUGAUCCAUGUUACAAUGCGAAGGAAAACUCGUCAUUAUGUAGGGUAAGGAUAAAUAUCAUGAAAAUAAACUUCAAGGAUCAGGAUCGUCUAAAAAGUGAAAGAAAUUCAAACUAUUCAUAAUAAAAUAUUUCAUAACAGUCAUCUAUGAUGAAAUCAUUAGAUUAUCAGAGAAAUUAACGACAACAGAAAAACAAAGGGAAUAACAAAGAGAAAGGAAAUAGGGCGAGCAAUCAGAGAAAGGGUGAGAAAGAAAAAUUAUCAUUCAAGGAAGUAACAGCUUUCUCCUUUGAUGUCACUGUUUCUCACUUUAUUUGCAUGCAACUUUCCUUCAGAGUACUUUUCAAUUGCAUUUACCUCCAUAGGAUAUGAUUGAUGGCGCCUUUUUCAUAGGCGUGGGUUUUGACGGAAGCGGAGAAUAUAGUCCAGACUCCAGAAAAAUGAGCAUUGUCCAGAGAAACUGUGUCACCAAAUCAAAGUAAGAAUGAGACUCUUAAACUCUGCUGCAUCAUCGAGUGUCUCUCCCUCUUGUUGCCUCAAUGAUUCUAUACUCAGUUUCCACUUCAGUUUUGACCCUUUUUUUUCAGCUACGAUGGCCGAAACGUUCCAGACACCAUGAAUGUCCAUGGUAUUUAUGAGACGUCAGCGUUUAUGCUGACCUUUGAGAAUAGCGCUGAAUACCAGACAUUUCCUAAACACCAGGCUGGCGUCUCUGGUUCCAUAUUUGGUUUCAGUGCAGGAGUGAAGAAAGCCUGGGGUGGCUCAAUGUAAACUAGUACUCAGCAGUAUAUGGCUGCCUUGUACGUGGAUGUAGAGAGGUGAGUAAGUAACAAAGUUGUGCAAUAAAUUUGCGUACCAAUAAGCAACCGCUUAUUCACAACUUUAACAGAAAAAAAAGAGUUCCAAAUUGUUUCCAAUGCUGAAUGACGCCAAGUGAAAACUAAGUAGUAACUACAGUAUUCAUGUCUUGGAUGAGGAAUUUUGUCAGGGUUGUUGAAAUGCAAGAAAAUCUCAUAGACCAUAGAUGUUUGCACAAGGACCUCCUUAACGGGAAAUGGUCGUCUGAUUAACUGAUGCAAUCUUUGAAUUUAAGGUACGAAAUCUUCAUGGACGAAGUAAAACCAAGUGAUCUUAGUCUGUCAUUCCUGAGAGAAUUAAUGGAACUUCCAAUCUCCUAUUUUCAACCUGGUACACAGAUAAAAUUCCGUAAGGAACAUUCUCUGACUUAUGUUAAUACUGAUCCUUUGAUAAUGCCCACAUCCACAUAAAGAUGUUCAGAUUGAUGAAAGAAUUGGCCAUUUAUGUGUCACAUAAAUAUCCUGUUCUAAAAUUAAUAAACUGCAAAAACCAGACGGAGAAAACAGCGCUAAGUAAAGGUUUCCGAAAUUGUGGUUUCUCACUACGAAUGUAUGGUUAAUAAGUUGCGGUGAUCUGAUAAGAAAAAAAAACCAGUUUGAAAACCGAAUAGAUUCACAUAUCUACAUAUUGUAGUUGAUAAUAUACAUCUUCAGAUAGCUUCGUUCUGAUCCAGUCUUAUUUUUUGCAUAAAAUGACAUUUAUGGAUUAAUCACUUUUGCCAUUAGAUAACUAUAUCCAAUUUCGAGGUAUCCACCACAAAAAAUGAGAAAAAUUCGGAGAAUAAUUACAAAUUAAUAAGCAUCUCAAAAGGCAUCACGAUAUAAGUGGAAAUGACAAGAGAGGAACGGGGUGGGGUUAGGGGAAGCUUGUUCUUGCCAUAUAUCGUCUGAUUCUGGUAAGAGAACGAUGUCAGAAAACUAAGAGCGAUAAAUGUAACCUGGAGUUGUAGGCAUGCAUUGUUGGUCGAUUUUGAGAAUUUGGUUCCUACAUGAGUUCAAUUACACUGUCAUAUUCAUCUCGCUUACCCCAACAGAGAACUUCAUCCAACGAUGGGGUACCCACUACAUAAAAUCAGCAAAAUUCGGAGGCCAACUGCAAAUAAUAAAAACUAUAGAAGCGUCCCAAGUGGCAUCAAAGUAUGAAUUCUCAGAAAAAAUGGAGAUGGAAUUUAGAUUUUUAUUUGCAAGCGGUGGGGCCAAGUCAAGUACUGAAGGAGGUCAAGAAGCAAAAGCCCAAAACAAGUUUACUUCCACUUCAGUUAUGGCACAGGGUGGGAGCAAGAGAUUGCAACCAUUCUCUCAGAUGUGUUCUCGCCAACGUUCAAGUCGAGUUUAA